AUGAUAUACAAUCUCUAUCUCCACCCCCUACGAGCCUAUCCUGGACCAUUUUGGGCGCGGGCUUGUCGAUUCUGGUAUAUCAAUGCUGUUGUGCGCGGCAUACUCCCAUUCAGCGUCUAUCACGCACACCAAAAAUAUGGUCCGGUCGUUCGAGUGGGCCCUGAUGAGCUGGCCUAUGGUGACCCAGACUCAUGGAAGGAAAUCUACGGCCACCGGGCCGAUAAAGGACAGAUACCUAAAGACCCCAACUUUUAUCUGAAUACUGCAGCGGGCGACCUGAGCAUUAUUGCCGCUCCCUCGAAGCGCCAUGGCGAGCUUCGACGACUAAUGUCACAUGGAUUUUCUGAGAAAGCAUUGAGGGAUCAAGAGCCGGCUAUACAGCACUAUGUUGAUUUGAUGAUUCGCCGUCUCCGAGACUUGAGCGUUAAGAACGAGCCUAUCGAUGUCGUUAACUGGUACAACUUUUUCACGUUUGACAUUGUCGGGGACCUCGCGUUUGGCGAAUCCUUCGACUGUCUCGAGACAUCUAACUACCACCCAUGGAUACACAUCGCAUUUGAGAUUAUUAUAGCCGGAACGAUGUUCCGCGUCACAGAUUACUACCCAUGGUUGAAAAAGAUCCUGGUCAAAUUCGUGCCGGAAUCUCUCAAGAAAGGAGUCAAAACCCACAUUGCUUUAGUGAAGUCAAAAUCUCUAAAUAGAUUGCACAUGAAGACGGACCGGAUCGACUUCAUGUCUCGGAUGGCAGAUCCAAAGAACGGCGUUUCUGAGAAAGAGUUCAUCGCGAGCUCAGACACCGUUAUUCUCGGGGGAAGCGAAACUACGGCGACGUUAUUAUCGGGAGUGACUUAUUUCCUAAUGACGAACCCCGACGCUCUAGCGAAGUUGACACAUGAGAUCCGAACCAAGUUCACCUCGGAGGAAGAGAUAGACGCCGCAAGUGUCAAUUCGCUCGAAUACAUGCUGGCGUGCCUCAACGAGGCGUUCCGUCUCUACCCUCCCGUACCUGGUGCGCUCCCGAGAAGAACGAUUGUGCCUGAAACACUGGCAGGGCAGUACGUUCCACCUCAAACCACCGUCGCCAUCUAUCAAUGGGCCAUCAACCGCCUGGACGCAAAUUUCUCGCAACCAACAGAAUACAUCCCUGAGCGAUGGCUCGGUGACGCGCGCUUCGUGAACGACAGCCGCUCUGCCGUCCAGCCUUUCAGCGUCGGGCCACGCAACUGCAUUGGCCGGAACCUGGCGUACACCGAAAUGCGUCUCGUGAUCGCCCGUCUGCUAUUUAAUUUCGACCUCGAAGCCACUCCUAUGAUCGAAGGCUGGACGAACCAAAAGAUCUGGUUCUUGUGGGACAAGAAACCGCUCUGGAUAAAGCUGCACGCGAGAGACGUGAAGCUGAGACCGGAGGUGGAGGCUUUGGCGAGUGUAGAGGCGUCGCAGAAGGCUAGUGCGAAGGUGUAUUGA